AUCAGCGGCCCGUCAACUUAAACCAGGCAACGCCGCAACGCACAAAGCCUGUCGAACCGCAUCGCACAAGGCCGAUCGCGACAUUGCAGCGCAUCAUUACGAGAAUACAAGACAUUGCGCGAGCGAGUAGUGGACGUCAUGGCGGCCAACAACCAGGCUUUCUACGAGCUGUACCGAGGAAGCAGCAUCGGUCUGGCCCUGACUGAUACCCUCGACGAUCUCAUCGCCCAUGUGAACCCGGAGACGAACCAGCCCGAACCUCUCAUCCCACCGCAACUGGCUAUGAAGAUCCUCGCGUCCUUCGACCAGGCCAUUGCCGAGGUGCUGCAGAAGAACGUUAAGAACCGCCUGUCGUUCAAGGGAAGCCUCGAUACCUACCGAUUCUGCGACGAGGUCUGGACAUUCUUGAUCAAGAACGUGACCUUCAAGAUGGAUCACGGUCACCCACCCGUCACGGCGGACAAGAUCAAGAUUGUCAGCUGCAACGCAAAGAAGCCCGGAGAGACAUAGAUUUGUUUGCUGCAUCAGCCAGUUUGGUCGACUUGCUGGGGUAUCAUUUCAUAUACGGUUGGGGAAUGCUGCAUUUGGACGGAGUUGACGGGAGCUCAUUGGACUUUGGAUGGGGUUUCGGCGUUUGGGGAUUAUAGGUUAUGCAACGUGAGAAAGGUCAUAUGACUCCAGAUCAAUCGAAUUCGCAUCAGACACUCAUGAA